AUGUUUGAUUGCAGGAAAACAUUUGCAUGUCCUAAAAUCAAAAGCGAUCUCAAAACGGGCACAUCUAUCGGUGAUCUUAGUCCGGAGGACAUAGCCAUCAUAGCUUCAAUGGGAGAUGCCUUAGCGACGGGAAUGGGUUUGUGGCCGAAAACAACUAUAGAAUUUCGAGGUGCCGCCUUCCCAAGUGGUGGCGAUGCGACCAUAGAUGGUUUGGUUACUAUACCGAAUAUUCUUCGUGAAUUCAAUAAUCAUUUGAUUGGAGUUUCGCAUGGUAUGGGCACCAGGGAUCAACUUCCAGAAACCCAGCUCAGCGUCGCAGAGAGUGGUGCGACUACAGACAAGAUGCCAGAGCAGGCGAAAGAACUCGUUCGACGUCUCAAAAAUUUGGUGGAAGUUGACUAUACUCAGCAUUGGGUUAUGGUUAUUGUCACUAUUGGAACAGAAGAGGUAUGCUCCAGAUGCACUCCGCCGAAUAUUGACGCACUUAUGGAGGCCAUAGAUAUCCUUCAAGCGCAACUUCCCCGUGCAUUCAUAGUGCUCCUGGGACCAAUACAUAUUCAUUUUCCGUUCAGAUCUCGAUGCGAGUGUUUGCGGGAUGCCACGAAUGCGUUCAUAGAAGAACUGAAUGCAGACUGGAAGAGAGCUUUUGAAGAGCUGCAAGAGCAUGUCGAUAAAAGUCCUUUCAGGCCUUCUACUUUCGGUAUUCUGGCGAUACCCGAAUUGACCAUCACUUCGCGAUAUCCAUACGGACUCUUUAUCGCGGGCAAGCCGUUGCUAAAUAGGAGAGGUAUGGGAUGUCCCUACUUCCGCAACACUGCAAAUGCCCACGGAUGUCAAUUGCUUAGUCUAAGUGAAGCAAAGGAGAAGGAACUUCUACUCGGAAAUGAUGGAAAAGUGCUAAAAAAGCGUCGACGUACUCCAGAACGCUUGUAUACCAUAGCCAUAUGUAUUGUGGGUAUUGCAUUUUUUGUC